AUGGCACCCGUCGCAGUCUCACCACGCGCUUCGUCGCCUGCGGCGCCAUCGAGCUCCAAGCCGAUCAAGUCCCAGAACGCUGUCAAAUCGCUCACCAACCGAACCGCCAACUACAAUUCGGAACACUUUGAUUUAGGCGCUCUCGCUUCGGAGGACGACUACCCUUACAACGAGUUCAAGCCAUCCUUCCCCGACGUCCACUGGGAACCGUACACUCCCAUCGAACCCCCCGCGGACCGCGCACUCUUUGCCGAUCCCGAAAAGAAGGCGCUCUUCGGCGCUGCUUCGGCUGUCAAGCCUCUCACAGCCACCAUCGGUACCGAGCUCGAAGGUAUCAAGCUUGGCCAGCUCACCGAUCAGCAGAAGGAUGAACUGGCGUUGCUCGUAGCAGAGCGAGGUGUCGUCUUCCUUCGCGGUCAGGAUGAGUGGACCAUCGAUGAGCAGCUUGCGCUCGGUAGAUACUGGGGUCCACUUCACAAGCACGCUACCACCGGUGUGCCUGCUCGUGGUGAUCUCGACGAAGUCCACGUUGUUUAUGCACAUCCAACGAGCUCUCCGGAUGAGAAGAUCUACCGCGGACCGGUUCAACACUCGCGUUCGGAUCUCUGGCACUCGGACGUGACUUACGAGGUCAACCCGCCAUCGUACACUUCUUUCAAGCUUCUCGUCUCCCCCGAAGCUGGCGGCGACACGCUCUGGGCUUCCGGCUACGCUGCUUACGACCGCCUCUCGUACCCUCUGCGUCAGUACCUCGAGCAGCUCACCGCCAUCCACUCUGCCGUCGACCAGGCAGACGGAGCACGACGUCACGGCAACACCGUCCGUCGUGACCCCGUCGAGACCGAACACCCUCUCGUCCGCGUCCACCCCGUCACCAAGCACAAGGCGCUCUUCUUCAACCCCGGUUUCGUCCGAUACAUCCCAGGUGUACCCAAAGCAGAGUCGGACUACCUGGUUCAAUUCUUGACCCAGCACGUCUCAUCCGCUAGCGACUUCAGCGUCAGGUUCAAGUGGAACGCAGGCGAUGUUGCCAUCUGGGACAACAGGACCAACAUCCACUCGGCCAUUUACGAGGAUGUCGGCGUUAGUCGACGACACGCCAUCCGUGUGGCUGUCCGAGGCGAGAUCCCCCGGGACAGCGAGGACGGCACCAGCAGGGAGGAGGAGUACUACAAGGCGAGAGGAUUCAAGGUGGACAGGAGCGUGCAGAAGGGCCAGAGACGCCAGGCUGGUUACAAGGACUAA